AUGGUCACUCUGUCGGCGCCGGCACCACCCGCCAUGGUGGGGCGAAAGACCUUGAAACGAGAAGCAUCAACCCUCGAAGAUUCGGACGUCUCAAUGGCAUCUGCGGAUGACCGUCCUGCGAAGAAGGUCCGAUUUACGGAUGAAGACCUUGGCGAGGAUCUCCGCAGAAAGAUCAUAUUGACCGCAUUGGAGGAUCAGAACAAGAAUGGAAAAUCACAGCAUUUCGAGGAACUCAGGAAGAAGUUUACAGCCCGACUCUCGGACCCAUCGGCACCAGAUGCAACAGAACUUUCGCAAACGAUACAAUGCCUAAUGCUGGUCAUCUCACAAUUGGAUAAAAGCUGCGCUCCUCUUAUCAACGACAUCAUUCAUACGAAUUGGGCGGGGAGACCUCAGGCCUUCUAUAGGAAAUACAUGGCCUUUCUGCUUCAGAUUAUAUCCGCUCACCCUCAACAUACGGCGAAAGUGGUACAGAUGCUAGUUAAGCACUUAGCUCUUGAAACCGUAAAGGACGCCCAAGAAUGCGGCUCUAAUGUUAGCCCGAGAUCGGAUAUCUUCGCAACGGUUCACAAAAUGCUGGAAACGAUAUUAGGACUCGCGCCGACAGUAUGGAACUCGUUAUUCACAGCUAUAUCGGCGGCAUUCCCCUUCAAAGGACAAAAGAAGAUACACCAGACAACUUUUAUUAAGAACUUGCUUGCGAUCCUCAAAUAUGCUCCGGCAGGGAAGGCAAAGAUACUCGGGUUGAUCUUCGAAAAGAUGAUCAACCUCGACGGCGAAAUACAAAUCAACCUGGAGGACCUCGAGGAAGGAGAAGGUGAAGAGCUCGAUAGACAGCUCAAGUUAUCACUGGAGUCAAAAAAUGGACAGAAUUUGUCGGAUUCGGGUAUUGGGGACGAUGAAGACGAUGAAGACGAUGACAGUGAUGCGGACGAUGAUGAGGAUGAUGAAGAUCCGGAGAGCAGCGAACCCCGAACCAUAGAAAUGAUUCAGGAAACAGUCGACAAGCUCGAUGCGAUGCUUGCCCUUGUCUUUGGAUAUUACGAUAGCAAGCUUCCUAAAAGGAGCGUUGCGGAGCCGGCCCAAGAGGAUCUAGAAAAUUUUGAACUCCUCCUCCACUUCUUCGACACCAUAAUAUUAACAACAUUUAAAUCGCAAUACAUCCAGUUUGUUGUGUUUUGGGCGGCACAGAAAUCGCCGGUCUUUAUGGACAUAUUCCUGGGAAUGCUUGUAGAGCGCGCAAUGGACCCGACAAAGCCUCAGGUUGCUCGUCAAGCAGCAGCGGCAUACGUUGCAUCCUUUGUAGCCAGGGCGAAGUUACUUGAGCGAGACGCUGUAAGGUCCGUUGUUCGCAUGCUUUGUCUGUGGUUAGAGAAGUACCUCAAAGAUCGAGAGGUAGAAUGCACAAGCCCAAACGUCCGAAAGUUCGGUGGAUUCUAUGCAGUUUUCCAGGCUGUUAUGUACAUCUUUUGUUUCAGGUGGCGUGACCUUAGAGGGAAAACCCCCCUCCCUGUUGGGGAGGAUGAAUCAAUCGAGGAUAUCAGUAGAAGCCCGCAAUCAUGGGCUCCUGGACUUCAAGUAAUUGACCGACUCCUUACUUCAAGAUUCAACCCACUUAAGGUCUGCUCCCAAAAUGUUGUCACUCAAUUUGCGGAAGUUGCAAGCCACUUUGGUGUCUUCUAUUGCUAUUCGAUAAUUGAGAGGAACAAAAGGGGAAAUUUAUUCUCGAGUAGGGGUUCUAGUACGGAGCUUCCAGAGGCUACCCAGCUUGAGACAUACUUCCCAUUCGAUCCAUUCAAACUCUCACAUUCGAAGAUAUGGGUUGAACCAUAUUAUCAACAAUGGGAACCUGUUCCUGGAAUGAAAAAGGAUGGCGACGAAGAUGACGAUUCAGAUGAUUCAGACGAUUCAGACGAGUCUGGGGAUGAGGGAGAGAAUGGUCAAGGCGAUGAAACUGGUGACGAAGAAGGAGACUCGGAGGAAGAUGAAAGCGACGACGAGUGA